GCUGGGCGCCCAGGGUUGGCUCUGUCCAGGCGCUCGCAAGGAUCCCGGGUGGAGGGGUGGGAGGGAGUCCCGGUUGCUCCUGCCUCCCAACGAUGGCGCCGUGGUGCCGCACCCAGUCCCCAGCCUGCCGGCUGGUACUCAUAGUUAUCGGGAACCCCCUCAGACGGUGAGAAUUGGAGCGGGUCGAAGGGAGUGGCAGACCGCUGCCUGCGACGGGGAACAUGAACAGCGGCCAGACCCUUGGGGCCGAUAGAAGGAGCAGCCCCGGCACCUGCUGAAAGGGAAGAGAGUGUGGCGACCCGGCAGAGGCGCGGCGGAGUCACGCCGUCUCCUCGAACAUGUCGCUGCUCUGCGUGCGUGUUAAAAGAGCCAAAUUCCAGGGUUCACCAGACAAAUUUAACACAUAUGUGACCCUGAAAGUACAGAAUGUGAAGAGCACAACUGUAGCAGUUCGUGGCGAUGAACCUUCCUGGGAACAAGAUUUUAUGUUUGAGAUUAGUCGCCUGGACCUGGGUCUGAGUGUGGAGGUGUGGAACAAAGGACUAAUCUGGGACACGAUGGUGGGGACCGUGUGGAUCGCACUGAAGACUAUUCGACAGUCAGAUGAGGAAGGGCCCGGGGAGUGGUCCACGUUGGAGUCAGAGACAUUAAUGAAAGAUGACGAGAUCUGUGGAACUAAGAACCCAACUCCUCAUAAAAUUUUGCUUGAUACAAGAUUUGAAUUGCCUUUUGAUAUCCCAGAGGAGGAAGCCAGAUAUUGGACCUACAAAUUGGAGCAAAUCAAUGCCUUGGAAGCUGACAAUGAGUAUACUAUUAAAGAAGAAAGCCAGAGGAAGCCGUUGCCCAGUGCUGCCGCCCAGUGUUCUUUUGAAGAUCCUGAUAGUGCCGUGGAUGACCGAGAUAGUGACUACCGCAGUGAGACCAGCAACAGCAUCCCACCACCGUACCAUUCGACUUCGCAGCCCAACGCUUCUCUGCACCAGUUUCCUGUGCCUGUGCGAUUGCCACAGCAGCUGCUACUUCACGGCAGUUGCCGGGACUCUUGCACUGACUCUGUGCAAAGUUAUGACUAUGACCUCGAUUACCCAGAGCGGCGGGCUCUCAGAUAUCCUCAGAAAUAUAAUACAAUUGAUAGGAGAAGGAAAAGGAAACCCCUGUGCAGUCAUUUCGGAGACAGUGAAAGAAAACAAUAUGAUGAGAGAUUAGGAACUAAGACUAACUUCGAAAGUACAUAUCCUUAUAGUGAAAGUUGUAACUUUUGCCACACUGAAAAGAAGAAACAAAAUUACCCAGUUUCCCAUCCUUACAAAAAUGUACUUGUGGUUAAUAGUGGCAUGUGGACCACUAAGUUGGAAAGUCAUGAUUAUGAUCUUCCUGGUUGUUUUAAGAACUGUGAAAAGUUACCUGGCUUAAAACAGCAUGUCACUGAUUUCAUUCCAUUGGAUAUUCUUGAAGAUUCUACUAGCAGUACUUCUGAUGAACUUCUGGAUUCCCCCAUUUUUGAUAAGCAGGAAGGUUUACUGUCAUCAACAUGCCCUCCAUCCAAUGUCCAUCAUAUUGAAAGUUUUCCUAAAGAACAUUAUGUAGCAAACCCAGCAUUCCCUUUACAAAGGAUGAAUUGCUAUGCAAACACACUUGGAGAUCUGUCUGGUUUCCCCUUGGAAGAGAUGACCCCUUCUACUGAGGAACCCAGGGACCACUAUAUUGAUACAAUGGAUGAGCUUCAGUGUUUUGUAGAAACAGUCUCAGAAUAUUUAGCAGAGAAGGAAGAGGAGAUUAAUAAAUUUGGUUCCCUUUCAAAAACUAAAAAAAUGCCUACACAUAAUAGUAUUCUUGAUAAUGCAGAACAGAAAAAGCCUGGGGAUCAAAUGCCCCCUAUAACCAUUAUCAAGAAUGACAAAGACAAGGCCAUUUCUUUUCCUGAGCUGAAUGGAGUGAAAUGUGCUGUUGGUUCUUUGUUUAGUUCACUCACAGAAAAGGUGAGCUCAGGUACAAAGCAUCUAACAAUCUCAAUGGAAAAGCUGGGUUCUUUCAUUCCAGAGAAAACAGAAACUCUUAAUCAAAUAGAGACAAUUAAUUUGGGAUCCAGACCCAGAGCCAAGUCAGUUUCAGAGAAGGAUCUUUCCAUGCAGUCUCCAUUGUCUUCUCAGAAUGUUGACAAUAAGGAUUUUGGCAGACAUGACAUAACUUUUGAAAAUGAGCACAUAAGCAGUAAAACUGGAAGUUUAAGCUUUCAGGGUGCAACAGAAACUCUUGGAAGGGACUUUGCUCCACAGAGUCAGAGUUCAGUUAUAAAGUCUGUUUUCAGCAUGCUAAGUCCAUUAAAGACCUUUUUGGAAAAGGACGAAACUAAAAAAGAAGAUGACAAAAACAAGCCAAAAAGAGAGGAAAACUUUGUUGGGUGUGGUUCAGAGUCAAGUCAAAGGGAAGGCACCCUUGACAAAGACAGCAGCAUUGUUGCUUUAGAUAGGAAUAAUGGAGACAAUGCAGACUUGUCCCAAAUGCCCACAAAUGAGGAUUUGUUUUCUUCUCAAACAGCCAAUGAACCUUCAAACUUAGAUAGUUCUGCAAGUAAGAAAAAUGAUACUGAUAGUCUGUUGGAGCAAAAACCCCAUACAGACCUGUCUCUGUUACCAGAUGAACCAAAAAUAUGUGUCAAAGAUACUCCAGGACAUCCUUGUAUAGCUGGUAGUAGAACUACGAACAAAGAGCCUUCUUCAAAGUCAUUAGAGGGGGACAGAGUAACUGGUGAUGAUAAUUUCCUUGAGCCACUCAGAAGAUCCUUUAGCCAGUUUUUGCUCACUUCCCCUGAAAACUGUUCAAAGGAAACUUUGUCAGAAUCUAAGAAAAUUCACUCAUUGGAGGAAGAUGGGUGGGAAAGGAUUCCUAAGAAAGACGGACAUUCCUUUUCUUUCAGUGGAAAACUACAUAUUCCAUUUCUCAGAGUUCUUAGUCAUUCUGAAAAGCAGCAGGAUUUAAAAGAGAAAGGAAGCAUUUUUCCUUUGUUUAAAUUUCCUUUCACUGACAGCCAUAUCACUGUUAAUGACCAGAGUUUUCAUGGCUCUGAAGUAACCAUCAAUGAAGAGAUUCAAAGCAACUGCCAAGAAAAUAGCAAACUUAGUUCAAUAAAAUCUAGUUCAGUUCCAAAUAUUCAUAAUAAUCUAGAAAAGUUUGGUGAUACAGAGACAUUUAAUAAGAAUGAUAAAAAAAACUGUUCUGAAGAUAACACACUUAAUAGAAUAAUGUCUGAUUCAGUUCCAAAUAUAGAUAGUGAUCUUGGGAAAUUUGGGAGUAUAGAGGAAUUAAAUUCAAGUGACCACACAACAGAGGAGAACUGUGAAAGAGAUACUUUAGUCAUCCCUGAAGUUGUGCCCAAAGAACAUGGGCUUUCUGAUUCUUUAGGAGAAAGUAAGACUCUUACACAAGUGACAUCUUUAACAAUAUCAGACUCUUCAUUAGCAUUGAUUCCUACCAUUUCAAAAUCAACCUUGGUUAAUGAAAUUGGCGAAGACAAACUUGUAGAUAAAGCUUCCAAGCAAAGAACCCAAGGAGGCCUCCUUUCUGGCCUAUUUAAUGGAUUCUCUUCUCUUAAAAACUUGUCUAGUUCACAAGAAAUAAAUUCAAAAAAUGAUGACUUACAUUACAGGAAUAACACCCCAAGCUUACUCUCAGGAAUAUUUAACUUGAUAUCCAAUAGCAGUAUGACUGAUUGUGAACCAGAUGAAGCAAAGUCCAUGUUUUUAAGUGACAUGAAGAGUUUGAAUGGAAAUAAGCAUUUAUCUUUGGAUGAGAUUGCUGUUACUUCAUGUGUGACUUCUGAGAACCAGAGGGACCAUGUUGAAAAACAAGAAACUUCUGGCUUGAUAAAAAGCUUCUUAUCUUUACCUAAAGAAAACAUACUAUCAUCUGAUGCUUGGGUUGAUAAUCAUCAUUGCUCUUCUGCAUGGAAAAACCAGCACAGUGAAAAGCAUUGCUCCUCUCCUGAGAACAGUGUACUUCACUGUACGCUAAGUGCUAAGCAGGACCUUGUAGAGAAGUCUUUGCCAAAGAAGCCAACACCACACCAUAUUCUUGAGGCAAACCUAUAUGAAAAUUCAAAUAAGUUAAAUUCACCUAUACUGAGUACUAACAUUCUUGAUAAAUCAAAUCACUCUCAGGCUUUUGAAGAGAUGAACAAUCCUUUCUGUUAUGAAUGGGACUCUGAUAGAAAAAAUUGCUCUAAAAAUUCCAGAAUACUUCAGCCAGCUUAUUAUAUGUUGAAUCAAAAUACAUUUCCAUCAGCUGAUGUUUUUUUGUGGCCUGACUCAGAAAACUCAGCAAUAAAUUUUUGCCAAAAAGAUCAAAAUGCAAACAUCUUGGAGUGGAGAACAAAUUCAAAUGGUGUCAUUUGGUGUGACUUACCGUAUGAAUCAUUCAAUCAGUUUACAUUUAAUGAAGAUUACUUAUUAAGAGGUGAUAUGUGGGCAACUAACUCAUUAUAUGGAAAUUCUUAUCAUCUUUCAAUUAAUGAGACUAAGAAUUCACUGGAAGAAUUGCCCAUUGACUUAAGUUAUUCUUCAGGUCAUGAAAAGACUACAUACCCCAUGGCUGAUCAAGAAUCAUUAAGAAUGGGUGCAAACUUUGUUUUUUCAAAUGUUGGUUAUGAAUACCAGGAAUGGUUGCCAUGUUUUGAAAAUGGAGUGUGGUGGCCGUCAGAGGAUGGAGACUAUGGAUAUUUUGUGUUCCAUGAUGGUCAAUAUAUCUAUUCUCUCCUCACUGAUUCUACUGGGCAAUAUGCUUAUUUGUUUAUACCUGAUUAUUCUUAUCAAGAGUAUUUGAAUUGUGACUUUCAGACAAAUAAUCUGUCAAGUAUUUUAUUGGAUGACAGCAUUAUAUCUCCCUGUAGUUUUAGAGUACUAGACAAGGAGGAUAUGUUAUUGUGGUAUGUCGAAGAGGAACCAAUUGAGGACCCUCUUGAUUUAUCUGUAGUUUUGCCUAGAAGUGGUAGGCCAAUGUAUCUAAAUUUAGGACCUUUUUCACAAGUACAUGAAGAGUCAAGUUAUGGCCAAAUGGAUCAACCAUUAGAUUUUUCAGUCUAUAAUUCUAAAAAAAUUGAAGAAGAUUUUGAAAAUUUUGAAGAAAGUCUGUGUGGUUCUGAAGGCUUUGAAUGUGCCUUGGAUCUCAUAAAUCAACCCCGAACUAUUGGUAAUCAUGUCUUAAAUAAAAAUCAAAUUAACAAAGGAGAUAAGAACCAGGCUGUAGCUAAGGAUUCAUUAUCUGACCUUUCCAGUUUUCACUGGCUUCAGUCUUCUCAAGAAAGUGCCACUUUGGUUCAUCUCGAGAAUAUGGCUGACAGCCCACAGCAAGCAGAAGAGAUGUCAUCAUUAAACAAAGUGACUUCGUUAUUUUCUGCUUUGGGUGCUUCAGUUGGAAGUGCUUUGAAUUUUGAAAAGAAUGAAUCCUUAGAGUCUUCGGCCUUGCAUAAAAAAGAUCAGCAGUCUAACUUAGCAGUGUUUACAAAUGAUGAUCUUCAGUCAUUCAUCUUGAGUAAGCAAUCAGAGAAUAAAUCCCAAAAUGAGGAGGAGAAUCUUCUUAAGAAGGAUUCAGAGAGACAAAUAGUAUCCAAUUUUGAACAACUGGAAUCUACUGAAAAUAUGAAGCAAUAUUUCCCUUUAAAUAAAAACAUUCAUGUGAAAAAACAAAGUUUGUUGAAAUCUGUUUUCCAGGUAAGCCAAACAACUUCUCAGGCUAAAUUAGGCAAAGAAGAUGAUGAAAUAAUCACAUCUGACUCUACUUCAGUUCCUCUCGCAUCACAGUUUAGUAGUGAUGAACACAAGAAUUGUGAGCUUCCCCAGGACCAGUCUUCCAAAGAGUCUGAGAGAACAUUGUUUAAGAGUGCAUUGAAACUCUUUGGUCGGGGAGAAGACUCUUCAGUAAGUCCAACAGCAAAUGAAAAACAGGCAUCUGGAUUUUUGAACCUUUUAAAAAACCAGGUGGAUAAAGAAGGAUCACCAAACUUAGAAAAGAGUGGUGAUAAAAAUAAAAAGAUGACAUCUCAGGAAAAGAAUGAAUCUUUCACUGUUUCAAAUUUUUUUGGUACUCUGGGAGAUUUCUUUAAAACCAAUGUAUCUCCUACACAGACAACUGAAAAUAUGUCUGUUUCUUCAGUGACUAAUAAGGAUGAGGUCAAGUCAAGUCCUAAUCCCACAAAACCAACUGGGCAGGAUGUUGGGAGCUUUCCUGUUGCACCAAUUUCAUCUAAAGGGAAAGUUCGGAUUAGAAGUCUGAAUAAACAGACUACUAUUGAUGACAGUGGACUAAAGGAACCAUCAACUAAGAACAUCCAGGGUAAUAAUUUGACUGAAAAAGAGGCAUCUUCCAGAGACCACCUAAUCCAGCAGUCACCAAAUCCAUCUUUCUCCAAAAAUUGUCUCAAAGAGUCAUCAGGAGAUUCAGUAGAAACUAGUCAUGUGUCUACAGUGACAGAAGUUGCAAGAAGUAACAAAAUAUCUUUUGAUAGUCUGAGCAGAAAAACUUCAAAUGAACAAGGUCAUUUUUCUGACAAAGACUCGAGCUUUUCAAAUGCUACAACACCUCCAUCCCAAUCAGAGUUGCCAACCAGAAAGUGUAUAUUUUCUUUCCUGACUGGAUCUGAAAAAUCUGAGAACAGAGCCUCUGCUACUCUACCAAGAACCAAAUCUCAAGCAGAAGGGCUAUUCACACUUCCUUCCUUUUUUUCUACUACUAAUUCAGGCAUCAAGAAGGAUGCCUCUCAUAAUAGCUCUUUUAGUUUCUUCAGCUUGUCCUUUUUGGAUGAACAACAGCAGACUCCUGGGGGAAAGCAUAACCUUUCAACUGUUACUCCAGUGACUUCCCAGCCCUGUAAGAGGCCAAAUGUUUUUGUAGACAUGGGUGGCACAAUGACUGAAAGUCCCUGUGGCAAUACAGAUAGCAUAGUCCAAGAGGUAGUUCAUGAACAGCAGAUGACUCCUUGUGUUUCCAUUAGCAACACUGUUGAGGUUGCCUUCCUUGAAGAUGAGCUCAACAUAGGGGAGGCCUAUCAAGGAAAACUGGAGUCCGGUAAUGGACCUGUGAUAUCUUUACCAGAUUUCCAGAUGAAUCAAUUGCAAAAAGACAAUGUUCCUCAUUCACCAGGAUUUCAGGCACAGACUGAAACACUGCUCAUUGGUCCAGAGGCCCUUGGAGUAGCUUCUCAUGAAGAAGAUUUCAUACAGGAAGCCUUCCCUAGAGGCUUGCUGGCCAAAUCUUUUUCACACGAUAGCCAUUUGAUCGAAAAUCUCAACAAUUUAGACACUUGUACUAACCAUCACCAAAAUGAAAGAAUUUCUAGAGACCCACUGAACUUGCCAUUAGAAAAGGCCCCUGUUGAGAUCUUAACACAGAUCGUGGAGCCAACCUCUUCAGGCUCUGUGGAGCCAGGUUGUGCCGGGCACCUCCAGAGCCAAGACACAGAUAAAGAGGAAGACAAAUCAGUGCUGGAUUCUUCAGUAGAGAUGCUUUCAGGGUUUGUGACCAAAGUGAAAUCUUUCUCUGGGAGCUUAAUUGAACCUCCCAAAACUUUCUCUGGAUUUUUUUCUUCUAAACCCCCAAAGAAAAACUCCUUUUUCUCUCUGUCUUCUGGUGUAUCAUCUCAGCCACUCAAAGAUGAGUUAUUUGGAAUUUUCAAAAGUCCCAAACCAAAGACAUACAAAAAAGAAUCAUCUAUCCCAGCUACUGCACAGCUUCAAAAUGUUAGUUCCAGAGAUGCUGUAGGAUUGGUACCUCCAGAAAAUUUGUGGAGAGAUUCUGCUUCUGAAUCAAUCAGUUUGGAAUCUACUCACAGUGACUGUAGCAUGAAUGUGGUUAUUGCAAAGUUGGACUCAGAGACCUUGACAGAUGAACCCAACCUAACAACAGAAAUGGAAAACAAUAAUAUUCCUGACGAGACCUUGACAGAUGAUCUAAAACUAUUGGCUGAAAUGGAAAAUGAUAUUCUUGACAAUAUCCCGGAAUGUCAGGGUUCUGAAACAAUUGGGGCUGCAUCUUCUGUCUCAGGGGAUGAUACUGGGCAAGGAAUAUUAUCGCUGAGUGAUGAAGGAGACAUGGGGAUAUUGCAGGGUACAGACACAGAGGCAUCAUUUGAAGCAGAGCAUAUCUCAUUGCCAACACAGUUGCAUACAGAUCCUCUCUGGAUAGCCAAAGAGCUUCCGCCUCCAAUUCAGCCACCUCUUCCUCUUGAGCCAGCGCCAGCUAUGCAGUCUGCCUCUACAAAACAAGAUGUCUUAGAGCCACAGGCAACCAAUUCACUAGAAACCAAUACUACUACACUGUUCAAUGAGACAAGUCCAGUUGGCCAGAGUGCCACACCAGAAACACAAGGGUCCCUUUCUUGCCCUUUGCUAGAGGAACCUGUGCUUUGUGCCAAAAGAAGUUACAGGAUAAUUGAUGCCCAGAAAGAUCCAACUAUAACCCCCCAGGAAACAGAGCAGCCAAGACCAUGUUUUGAGAUCCCAAACAUGACCAAUUGGCCAAAGCUUCAUUUCCCAUCCUCUGCUAUUGACUAUGGGAAACCACUGAGCUCGCUCUUUUCCUCGUCUUCCUCCUCUGGCAACAGGGCAGCAGAGACUGGCUUAAUGUCUGGUUUUAAAAAGUUGUCAACUCUGUUUGAGGGAGGUAAUGAGGAAAAGGGGAGUGUAGUGACAAGUGAUCCCAAACUAAGGUUUGGAAAGAAGCUGGAUCUUUUAUUCCCAUGGCCAAAAGAGAACAAAGGGGACCCUGAACAAAUGCCUACAGAAUCCUCUCCAGUUUGGAUUAUCAGCAGUGAUCAGGAUCUUAACUCCAAUGAAGCUGACAAAGCUUUGGAGUCUUCUCAAAUGUCUGGGGCCAGUGCUGAGCCAGCUAAGGUUUCUAUCCAGCUUGCUGUGACCUCUGAGCAGCUGGAGGCCAAACCAAGAAUAUGUACUCAUGAGCUAAUAGGGUCUGGAGAAGUGGAAAGCCAACAGGAAAUCCCAGCAUCUGGAGAAGACUGGGGUACUAAAGACAACCUUUCUGGCCUCACCAGCCCUUCAGGCAAUUAUGAGAAAGAGCACUGCACUAUUUCCAAGCUACUUCACCAACCAGAAACACAAGAAGAGGAGGCAAUGCCUGCUAGCACUGACUCUGUUUUGAAUGUGCAGCUGCCAGUUACUCUGCAUGGCAUCAAAGAACUAAAGACCAACAAAAGCCCUACCAGCAGUAGUAGGUAUGGCUCCUCCUGCAAUGUGAGCCAAGGAAGCUCUCAGCUGAGUGAACUAGAUCAGUGUCAUGAACAAGAUGAUGAUCGUCGGGAGAGGGACUCAAUUCAUUCCUGCCACAGUUCUGGUAGUCUCUCAAAAGAUGGCCCAGUGGGUUUUGGAGAACAAGUUAAAGCCUUGGAAGUGACAGGUGAAGAAGAGAAGGGGAGAGCAUGUGAGUCCAAGGAGAAGAAACAAGAUGUCACAGCCUGUCCUACCCCAGAUCUGGUGCUACACAAAGACCAUGUCCCAAGCCCCCAGGAGAGUUUUCCUGAGGAGAAUGCGUCUUCACCAUUCACCCAAGCCAGAGCACACUGGAUCCGAGCAGUCACCAAGGUUCGACUCCAGUUGCAGGAGAUUCCAGAUGAUGGCGACUCCUCUUUGCCCCAGUGGCUCCCAGAAGGGCCAGCUGGAGGACUCUAUGGCAUCGACAGCAUGCCAAAUCUACGCAAAAAGAAGCCACUGCCACUUGUCAGCGAUCUGUCAUUGGUCCAGUCCCGGAAGGCAGGGAUUACUUCUGCAAUGGCUACACGCACCUCUCUCAAGGAUGAAGAACUGAAAUCCCAUGUGUAUAAGAAAACCCUGCAGGCCUUAAUUUACCCCAUCUCGUGCACCACACCACACAACUUUGAGGUCUGGACUGCCACCACCCCAACCUACUGCUAUGAGUGUGAAGGCCUGCUCUGGGGCAUUGCCCGGCAGGGCAUGCGCUGCAGUGAGUGUGGAGUCAAGUGUCAUGAGAAGUGCCAGGACCUGCUCAACGCCGACUGCCUGCAGCGGGCUGCAGAAAAGAGCUCUAAACAUGGAGCUGAGGACCGGACCCAGAACAUUAUCAUGGCCAUGAAGGACCGCAUGAAGAUCCGAGAGCGGAAUAAGCCAGAGAUCUUUGAAGUUAUCCGGGAUGUGUUUGCUGUGAGCAAAGUUGCCCAUGUGCAGCAGAUGAAAACAGUGAAGCAGAAUGUGCUGGAUGGCACCUCCAAAUGGUCGGCCAAGAUUACCAUCACUGUGGUGUGUGCCCAGGGCCUACAAGCCAAGGACAAGACAGGAUCCAGUGACCCCUAUGUGACUGUGCAAGUGGGCAAAACCAAGAAGCGUACCAAGACCAUCUUUGGGAACCUGAAUCCUGUUUGGGAGGAGAAGUUCCAUUUUGAGUGCCACAACUCUUCUGACCGCAUUAAGGUACGUGUGUGGGAUGAGGAUGAUGACAUCAAGUCGAGAGUAAAGCAGCGGCUAAAGCGUGAGUCUGAUGAUUUCCUUGGCCAAACCAUCAUUGAGGUUCGGACACUGAGUGGCGAGAUGGACGUCUGGUACAACUUGGAGAAGAGGACAGACAAAUCAGCCGUCUCAGGGGCUAUCCGACUGCAAAUCAGUGUGGAAAUCAAGGGCGAGGAGAAGGUAGCCCCGUAUCACGUGCAGUAUACAUGUCUCCAUGAGAACCUUUUCCAUUACCUCACAGACAUUCAGGGAGGUGGAGGAGUCCAGAUCCCUGAGGCUCGAGGAGACGAUGCAUGGAAGGUGUACUUUGAUGAGACUGCCCAAGAGAUUGUGGAUGAAUUUGCCAUGCGCUAUGGCAUUGAAUCCAUAUAUCAAGCCAUGACGCACUUUGCGUGUUUGUCAUCCAAGUACAUGUGCCCUGGCGUGCCAGCCGUGAUGAGCACCUUACUGGCCAACAUCAAUGCCUACUAUGCCCACACAACCGCCUCCACCAAUGUCUCUGCAUCCGAUCGCUUUGCAGCCUCCAACUUUGGGAAAGAGAGAUUUGUGAAACUACUGGACCAGCUACACAACUCACUGAGGAUUGAUCUCUCUACAUACAGGAAUAAUUUCCCUGCUGGGAGCCCUGAGCGGCUUCAGGACUUAAAGUCCACAGUGGAUUUGCUGACCAGCAUUACUUUCUUCAGAAUGAAGGUGCAAGAGCUGCAGAGCCCUCCGAGAGCCAGCCAGGUGGUAAAAGAUUGUGUGAAGGCCUGUUUGAACUCCACAUAUGAGUAUAUCUUCAACAACUGCCAUGACUUGUACAGCCGCCAGUACCAGCUGAAGCAGGAACUACCUGUAGAGGAACAAGGGCCUAGCAUUCGAAACCUGGAUUUCUGGCCCAAACUCAUCACACUCAUUGUGUCAAUCAUAGAAGAAGAUAAGAAUUCCUACACACUCGUUCUGAACCAGUUUCCUCAGGAGUUGAACGUGGGAAAAGUCAGCGCAGAGGUGAUGUGGCAACUUUUUGCCCAAGACAUGAAAUACGCACUGGAGGAGCAUGAGAAAAACCGGCUGUGUAAGAGUGCUGACUACAUGAACCUACACUUCAAGGUGAAGUGGCUCCAUAACGAAUAUGUGUGGGAUCUGCCUGCCUUCCAGGGGCAGGUGCCUGAGUACCCAGCGUGGUUUGAGCAAUUUGUCCUGCAAUGGCUGGAUGAGAAUGAGGAUGUAUCUCUGGAAUUUCUGCGUGGGGCCCUGGAACGAGAUAAGAAGGAUGGGUUCCAGCAGACAUCAGAGCACGCACUCUUUUCCUGCUCUGUGGUGGACGUCUUCACACAGCUCAACCAGAGCUUUGAGAUCAUCCGAAAGCUGGAAUGCCCAGACCCCAGCAUCCUUGCCCAGUACAUGAGGAGGUUUGCUAAGACCAUCGGGAAGGUGCUGAUGCAGUAUGCAGACAUCUUAUCAAAGAACUUCCCAGCUUACUGCACAAAGGAGAAAAUGCCCUGCAUCCUGAUGAACAACAUGCAGCAACUGAGGGUCCAGCUGGAGAAAAUGUUUGAGGCCAUGGGAGGCAAGGAGUUGGACCCCGAAGCCUCAGACAGUCUGAAGGAGCUGCAGGUGAAACUGAACACAGUUCUGGAUGAGCUCAGCACAGUGUUUGGAAACAGUUUCCAGGUGCGGAUUGAUGAGUGCAUUAGACAAAUGGCUGACAUCCUGGGCCAGGUGCGGGGCCCAGGGAAUGCAUCCCCCAAUGCCAGGGCCUCAGUGGCUCAGGAUGCAGAUAGCGUGCUCCGACCUCUCAUGGACUUCCUGGAUGGCAACCUCACCCUCUUUGCCACGGUGUGUGAGAAGACGGUCCUGAAGCGUGUACUGAAGGAGCUCUGGCGGGUGGUGAUGAACACAAUGGAAAGGAUGAUUGUUCUGCCCCCACUCACUGACCAGACGGGCACCCAGCUGAUCUUCACAGCAGCCAAGGAGCUGAGCCAUCUUUCCAAACUCAAGGACCACAUGGUGCGAGAGGAAACACGGAGUCUUACUCCAAAGCAGUGUGCCAUCCUCGACCUUGCCCUGGACACCAUCAAGCAAUAUUUUCAUGCAGGAGGCAAUGGGCUGAAGAAAACCUUCCUGGAGAAGAGCCCAGAUCUGCAGUCCCUGCGCUAUGCCCUGUCUCUGUACACGCAGACCACGGACACACUUAUUAAGACCUUCGUGCGCUCACAGACUGCCCAGGGGUCUGGUGUGGAUGAUCCUGUUGGAGAAGUCUCUAUUCAGGUGGACUUAUUUACACAUCCUGGAACUGGGGAGCACAAGGUCACUGUGAAAGUGGUGGCUGCCAAUGACCUGAAGUGGCAGACAGCAGGGAUGUUCCGACCCUUUGUGGAAGUGACCAUGAUUGGCCCACACCAAAGUGAUAAGAAGAGGAAGUUUACAACCAAGUCAAAAAGCAACAACUGGGCCCCCAAGUACAAUGAGACAUUUCACUUCCUCCUGGGAAAUGAAGAGGGGCCAGAAGCCUAUGAAUUGCAAAUAUGCGUGAAGGAUUACUGCUUUGCCCGGGAGGAUCGCGUUCUAGGACUGGCUGUGAUGCCUCUGCGGGAUGUGGCGGCCAAGGGCAGCUGUGCCUGCUGGUGUCCCUUGGGCCGGAAGAUUCACAUGGAUGAGACAGGCAUGACCAUUCUCCGGAUUCUGUCUCAGAGGAGCAAUGAUGAAGUGGCUCGAGAGUUUGUGAAGCUCAAAUCAGAGUCUCGUUCCGUGGAGGAGGGGAGCUGAGCACCUAAACUCCUGGGUCAACCAGAUGGCUCCAGUUCCACAAAUCAGGGCCAGUGGAGUUACUGUGUAGCCAGCUUAGGUCCUCAUAGUUAAGAGGCUGAAUCCUUCAGUUAAAGAAAUUUAAGGAGAACUUUGGGGUGGUAAGAGUUUGGCUUUUCACAGAAAGGGUCAUGAAUCCCUGACCAGCAGGUCUGUGGUGCUAGGAGCUAGGUGGCGGGGGUUACUGCAUAGGGAGAUAUUCCGUUAAGAGAGAGACAGGCAUUUCUGAGUGUGUCAGCCAUUCCUGGUAGACAUCCCUCCACCCCACUCUCCAUGUCUACCCCUUGCCAUACCACACCUUAUCCAGUUGGACCCAUGUGUACCAAUCACUGGAAGGAAAAGUAUGGAGGGCCAGGAGCUUGUAUCUGGCUAGCUAAGUAGUCAGUCGAGCCUGUAGGUGUCACUGAGCCCUGUAGUCUGGACUGAAGUACAGCCAGGACAAGAGCACAGAGAACUCAGACUGUUCCUUGAGCAGAAUACCACUGGUUUUGUGUGGCUCCGCUGAGAAUAAGGCUUUGAAACUGAACAAGAUACCUUCUACAAGUGAGCUAUACUGAUCCCUCACCCAGUUUGUAUCUGUCAUGAGCAGGAGCAGAUUUAUAUGUACGGUGCUUCAGAGCCUUGAGCAGAAUAUUCUUUAGAACCCCAGCACCAGAGGCCACCUUCCCGGGAGCCCCCUGUACUCCUGUAGGAGGGGAGUGAUGCUUCAGGACACAAGAGGCUCUUAUGUAAAUGCAUUUGAGGGCUUGUGGAAAGAUCCAGGAGAGAGAGCUAUAUUUUCUUCUUGGGUAGGCCCCGAACAAAGCCAAAAAUUUUAUAAAUUAGUCUAGAAGGAGUCCUCCUCACCUAUGGACACCACCUUCUAGCUGUCCUCCCCCUUGUAGAGAGAAUCUAGCCUUUGACCUCACUCUUUCAUGAGGUCAGCUGCUGUUCACCUUAGAGAUGCUCAAACCUCCAGAAGAAGCUUGGACUAUGGUCCUUCUAUGCAGGCUGGAUGGAGGGGCCUCAACUCUCCUGGGAGGUCAGAGACAAGCUCUUUCAAGGGGUCAUAUGGACUUCCAGGCCUUUGCUCAGACAUGUGAUAUAGUCCUUUGAUGUCCUUGGUAGCAGCCUCCUGGACUUCCUUCCUCGACUUUUAGAGAACUCUGCAUUGUCCAUAGUUGUACUGACCGUUACGUGAAACAAGAAACUGAGUUUUUAUUGUUGUUGUUGUUAUUAUUGUUAUUAAUUAUUGUAUGUGCCAUUGUUACAGGAGAUUAUUGGCUAGUCUGUAAUAAAUUAUCUUAUAGCA